AGAGCACCAAAACGUUUGAAAAGAAAGUAGCUUGAUGGCGGAAGUUGAUGCUAAGGAGUUCGCGGGUGUUUUUUUUUUUUCCUACAGCAGUAAAAAUAAAUAAUUAAACAAUAACAGAUCGUGGGGAAUGGCAUCAAAAAGAGGCGCGCUGAUCGUGCUGGAGGGAGUGGACCGAGCCGGGAAAACGACCCAGUGUAAGAAGCUGGUCCAGGCUCUCCAGGCUAGCGGUCGGCCUGCGGAGAUGAUGAGGUUCCCCGACAGGACCACCACGAUCGGUCAGCUGAUCAGCGCUUACCUGGAGAAGAAGAGCGACCUGGAGGACCACACGGUGCAUUUGCUUUUCUCCGCAAACCGCUGGGAACUAGUGCCUUUGAUGAAGCAGCAGCUGGAUCGGGGCAUCACUCUGGUCGUGGAUAGGUACGCCUUCUCUGGUGUCGCGUUUACCAGCGCAAAGCCUGGCUUCUGCAUGGACUGGUGCAUGAAACCUGACGUGGGACUGCCAAAGCCGGACCUGGUCAUGUUCCUGCAGCUGAACCCGGCCGAGGCUGCUCUGAGAGGCCAGUUUGGAAGCGAGCGAUACGAAACGAGCGCGUUCCAGAAGUCGGUCCAGCAGAAGUUCAAACAGCUCAUGAAAGAUCCUUCAGUAAACUGGAAGGUAAUCGAUGCAUCCAAGAAUGUUGACGAUGUUCACGACGACAUCAAACACCACAGCCUGAAUGCCAUCAGCGCAGCGGAGAACACGCCACUCGGAGAGCUUUGGAAGGGAGGCUGAGAGGCUUCAGCUACAAGUUAUCCACACACUAACCCCAUCUGUUGGCAUGAGAGCAAAUACAUCAUGGCUGACUUGAAAGAGACGACCAGCUGCCAAAUAAAAGAUCAGGUUUUUAUUUGCAGUCCUUAACUUGCCGAUAGGAUGUUUUGAUUAAAUAAAUUAUUUUAAACUAA